AUGGCUUUCCUCUGGAUCCUCUCCUGCUGGGCCCUCCUGGGCACCGCCUUCGGCUGCGGGGUCCCCGCCAUCCCCCCCGUGCUCAGCGGCCUGUCCAGAAUCGUCAAUGGGGAGGACGCCGUCCCCGGCUCCUGGCCCUGGCAGGUGUCCCUGCAGGUGAGGGGGCUUCUGCAAGGCAGUGGGCACCCUGAGGAGGGGCCAGGCUGGGGGACCUCCGACGUGGUCGUGGUCGGGGAGUUUGACCAGGGCUCUGAUGAGGAGAACAUCCAGGUCCUGAAGAUCGCCAAGGGAAGGAGUCUGGGUCCUCGAAGCCUGCAGGUCCUGCCUCCUCCCAGGGCCUCACCCCGGCACUCUGGCCCCCACCCCCAGGUCUUCAGGAGCCCCAGCUUCAGCAUUCUGACCAUGCGCAAUGACAUCACCCUGCUGAAGUUGGCCACACCCACCGUCUUCUCCCAGACGGUGUCCGCCGUGUGCCUGCCCAGCGCCGACGAUGACUUCCCCGCGGGGACAGUGUGCGUCACCACAGGCUGGGGCAAGACCAAGUACAACGCCAACAAGAUCCCUGACAAGCUGCAGCAGGCGGCCCUGCCCCUCCUGUCCAAUGCCGAAUGCAGGAAGUUCUGGGGCAGCGAGAUCACCGAUGAGAUGAUCUCUGCCGGGGCCAGCGGUGUCUCCUCCUGCAAGGGUGACUCCGGCGGCCUCCUGGUCUGCCAGAAGGACAGAGCCUGGACCCUCGUGGGCAUUGUGUCCUGGGGCAGUGGCACCUGCUCCACCUCCAGCCCUGGCGUGUACACCCACGUUACCAAGCUCAUACCCUGGGUGCAGGCGAUCCUGGCUGCGAACUGA